AAUGCCUGGUAGUCCCCUAAAGCGUGCAAACAGCACCAACAAAACCUCAACCCCAAAGAAGCUCCAGCACCAAGGAAGCCUGACGAGACUGACAGACUACGGAUCUCAGGAUGUCCAAGCAAGCUCUUCAAGCGUGAGAGAUGAAAAGGAUCCAUCGCCCCAUGUUAAGAAGAACAAGGAAGUGUUGGUGAGGAGCAACUCUGCACCAAGAAGAAUGUUGGACGAGAUUACUCAGGGAAUUCAGGCCAAGGGAGAAGUCAAGGUCCUCACCUACAGUGCCCUGGAACACCUGUCUUCACUGUUCCUGUAUGCAGAGUGUCCAAACACAUGUCUGAUGGAAUUUGAGUGCAGUGAAGCUGGAGAAAUCUCUGGUGACUGGGCUCUCUACUUCCGGACUGGCAGUCAGUUGCAUGAGUUCAUCACUACCUUGUCUCGAACUUGGAGCAGCAUGUUUGAGAUGGAGUUUCCCGUGCGAACUGUAGAGGAUGCGGGAGUGCAGCAGUACCUUCUCGAAGGCUCACAAAUCUCCACAAGUGGAUGGUCCUCUUACCAUUUGUAAAUAUAUCAUGUGGUCUCAUUUCUAGGCAUUACACUUUACUUCAAUAUCCCUUGCUCCCAUCCCCCUUCUUGGUUCCUGUUUCAUGCAUUAGGAUAAGCAUAAAGAAUAUAUAUAUACAUACAAUUUAUUGAGUUGUAAAUGUGCUUUUAAGUAUAUUGUGGAUUAAAUUUGAAUAGUACAACUGCUACAGUUUGUACAGUUACUCUUCCUCAAUAUAUGCAGUAGUUUAUAUGUGAUAUAACAUACCAGAAUUUGCAGUUAUUUUAGGGUUAGUUCCUUGGAAAAGACAGGAAACUGGGUUGAGGCCAUGAGUGCUGAGUUUAUGAGCUUUGUAAAUUAUCUGUUCUCUAGUCACAUUACAAUACUGAGCUUUAAUCUAUCUGUUCAUCUGUAUACCCCCUAUACAAGUAUACAUAGCCUGAGGUACUGCAGAUUCCUGAUAUCAAAGUGAAAGAAGAAAAGGUACUUUUUUUAUAUUUUGGUGUUGAAAUGGAUGCAAGGGCAAGACCUGCCUAUUGGUAAUGUGCCUAUUAUGUCAUACUGUGUUUGCACGAAGAAUUUUAAAGUUCAUUUCCUUUACCUUUAUUUAUGAUUUUACUAUUGUUUGUGCUGUUUUAACAUGUGGAAAUAUUAGAUUGUAUUAGACUAUAUUGGAAGUAUAUGUAAAAUUAGAACAUUUUGUAGUAAGAAAAGUAAAUGGACUUAUAUCUAUGAUA